AUCCCUGUUACCACCCCAAGGGCGUUUCUGUUCUCCCAAUGAUGUUUCUCCCCCCCACACCACUGAAAAAAGUUGUUCUUCUACUCUGAAGUUAUUGUAGGUGAGCUAUGACUGGGCGGUCAAGGGCAGUGCCUGAAAUCACAUGGUUUACAAUGGUCUAGUUCCGAGGCGCCAUUUUGGAGGAAAGUUUGGAAUUUUUCAACCUGGGAAGGGAAAAAAAGGGAGGAGGGGAUAAGUUUGACACGACUGCAAGACGGACCGAUAUUGUGAACAAAGAGUGCGGCGGUGGAAGUUUGUAGAAACAGUGCGACACUAGCCAAAACGGGGCUGCUGCUCCGACUGAGUUUUCGCGUUGGUGACUCCGGAGUGGAUUGGCGUGUUUGGGAGGUUUUUUUUGGAAGCCGCGACUGCUGCAAACGACGUCUAGUCUGCAUUGUCAACCCUGCGCCCCACGGUAUCACCCAUGCCCAUGCAUGCACUGACUGGCGGGCAUUAUGCUGCACUGCUGAGCCUCUCCGCCCCGGUCACUGUUUGUGUGUGUAACUAAACGGCAGCGAGACUAGGGCUUGUAGUUAGCAGAUCAUCAGACUCUCAGCUGCAUAUGUGGUGUCGUGGCGUCCCCACCUCGCCGCUGUCAGUCCGAGAAGUGCAGCUGUCAGCCCACACGGUACUCGGCGUUGCUUCUGCUUUUAGCUGACCAACAUACGGAAGACAAACGUUCACCGGGACCUGCUGUUUAUGUUCCGUGUUGCCGUGACGCGGAGAGUUUAGUUCGCGAGUGUGUGUUCAGAGAAGUGAACUUGUGGGCUCUGGUCGUCACAGGAGGGGGGUUCCUAAGCUCCGGGGGUGAACGCGGCAGACUUUGGACGGCCGGCUAGUUGUGAAAGUGUUUUCUUGGUGUCGGGAGGAGACGUUUUGUCACCCUGUGUGUUUCGGCUUAGCCCGGCUAGCGAGCUAGCCCAGUGCCGUGCCAGUCCUAACCAUGCCAGUGCGAAGGAAAGAUGCACAGAGAGCCUUGGUUCUUCUUGAGGCGUACCAGACCAAACUGAGCCAAACGGACGACCGGCAGCUCAAACACUCGAUCCAGCGGGUCAUCGACAUCUUCCAGAGCAAUCUAUUCCAGGCACUCAUAGACAUCCAGGAGUUCUACGAAGUGACCUUAUUGGACAGCCAGAAAUGUGCCGACCCGGCCCGGAGCUGGGAGCCCCUGCCGCCGGUCAACCUGUGGGACCUGUCCAGCCUCCAGAGUCCCACCGGCACCUCGGAGACGCUGCCCAGCAUCAGCACCAGCAUCGAGAAGUACCGGCACCACGAUGAGGACACGUCCCCUCAGGAGCCCGGGUCUCCGCAGCUCAUGGACGAGGCCCCGGGGCCCGAGCUGGUCCAGGUGGCCGAGAAGAGCCUGUCCCAGAUCGAGAACGUCCAUGGCUACGUCGCCCACGCACAUAUCUCCCCCAUGAAGGUAGCCUCCCUGGAGAGCAUCUUUGAGGGCUCCUCCCUGCUGGGUGGGCAGCAGGAUCUUGCCUCCCUUCCCCCCUCCCCCCGACCCCUGGGGAGCCCCCUCCCCUCCACCUCCUCCAACCCCUAUCCCCCGGAGAGCCCGCUCCCCUUCUGCUCCUCCAACCCCUACCCGAGCCAGCUGCUGAUCCAGCAGGCAGAGGGAGCCCUGCCCCCAUCCCCCAUAAUCCCUGUGGUCCCCGUGUCGCCCGUCCCGGCAGAGAGCAGCACCCAUCAGCCACCUCAGGCUAACCCUCCCCCCGUCGUGGUGAACACGGACAGCCUGGACACGCCUCCAUACGUGAACGGAACAGAAGCGGAUUAUGAAUACGAGGAGAUAACGUUGGAAAGAGGUAACUCUGGGCUGGGCUUCAGCAUUGCUGGAGGGACGGAUAAUCCCCACAUAGGGGAGGACCCCAGCAUCUUCAUCACCAAGGUGAUCCCUGGAGGAGCGGCGGCCCAGGACGGGCGGCUCAGGGUCAACGAUGUGAUCCUGCGCGUGAACGACGUGAACGUGUGCGACGUGACACACAGCCGCGCGGUGGAGGCGCUGAAGGAGGCCGGCUCGCUGGUCCCGCUCUACGUCCGCCGCAGGAAGCCCCAGUCGGACAAACUGAUGGAGCUGAAGCUGGUGAAGGGCCCCAAAGGUCUGGGGUUCAGUAUAGCAGGGGGAGUGGGGAACCAGCACAUCCCGGGGGACAACAGCAUCUACGUCACCAAGAUCAUCGAGGGCGGGGCCGCGCAUAAAGACGGCCGUCUGCAGAUCGGAGACAAACUCCUAGCGGUGAACGGUGCCUUCCUGGAGGAGGUGACCCACGAGCACGCGGUCACAGCCCUGAAGAACACCCCGGACGUGGUCUACCUGAAGGUGGCCAAGCCCCACAGCGUGUUCAUGAACGAGACCUUCGCCCCGCCCGACAUCACCAACUCCUACUCCACACACAUGGAGAACCAUAUCAGCCCCCCCGCCCUCCUGGGUCAGCCCCCGCCUCCAGCCCCCUCGGGACGCUACUCCCCCACACCCAAGAGCAUGCUGGGAGACGAUGAUGUAACCAGUCCAGAUGACGGACAGCUGGGCGGUGUCGUCCUGACCAAUAGGGAGCCCAGGAAGGUGGUCCUCCACCGGGGUGCGACGGGGCUGGGCUUCAACAUCGUAGGGGGAGAGGACGGAGAGGGCAUCUUCAUCUCCUUCAUCCUGGCUGGAGGGCCGGCCGACCUGAGCGGGGAGCUGAGGAGAGGAGACCGCCUGGUGUCUGUGAAUGGGGUGGACCUGCGCAGCGCCACUCACGAGCAGGCGGCCGCCGCGCUGAAGAACGCCGGACAGACCGUCACCAUUGUGGCCCAUUACCGACCGGAGGAGUACAGCCGCUUCGAGGCCAAGAUCCAUGACCUGCGGGAGCAGAUGAUGAGCAGCAGUAUCAGCUCAGGGUCGGGCUCGCUCAGAACCAGCCAGAAGAGGACCCUCUACGUCAGGGCGCUAUUUGACUACGAUAAGACCAAGGACUCGGGGCUGCCCAGCCAGGGGCUGAACUUUAAGUUCGGGGACAUCCUCCACGUGGUCAACGCCUCGGACGAUGAGUGGUGGCAAGCACGGCAGCUCACCCCCCAGGGGGAGGCGGAGGAGGUGGGGGUCAUCCCCAGUAAGAGACGGGUGGAGAAGAAGGAGAGAGCGCGACUCAAAACGGUUAAGUUCAACGCCAAGUCCAGAGACCGAGGGCAGUCACUCAAUGACAAGCGUAAAAAGAACCUUUUUUCACGAAAGUUUCCGUUCUACAAGAGCAAGGACGCGAGCGAGCCGGAGACCAGCGACGGGGAACACCAUGUGACGUCUAACGCCAGCGAUAGUGAGAGUAGCUACCGUGGCCAGGAGGAGUACGUCCUGUCCUAUGAACCAGUCACCCAGCACGAAGUCAACUACACCCGUCCGGUCAUCAUCCUGGGACCCAUGAAGGACCGGAUCAACGAUGACCUCAUCUCAGAGUUCCCCGACAAGUUUGGUUCCUGCGUUCCGCACACGACGCGGCCCAAGCGGGACUACGAGGUGGACGGCCGGGACUACCACUUCAUGGUGUCCCGGGAGCAGAUGGAGAAGGACAUCCAGGACCACAAGUUCAUCGAGGCGGGCCAGUACAACAACCACCUCUACGGCACCAGCGUCCAGUCGGUCCGGCAGGUGGCCGAGAAGGGGAAACACUGUAUUCUGGACGUGUCGGGGAACGCCAUCAAGAGGCUGCAGCUGGCUCAUCUUCAUCCCAUCGCUGUCUUCAUCAAGCCCAAGACUGUGGAGAACAUCAUGGAGAUGAACAAGCGUCUGACGGAGGAGCAGGGCAGGAAGACGCUGGACCGAGCCAACAAGCUGGAGCUGGAGUUCACCGAGCAUUUUACAGCCGUGGUCCAGGGAGACACCCUGGAAGAGAUCUACGACCUUGUGAAGCAGAUCAUCGAGGACCAAUCCGGCCCCUUCAUCUGGAUCCAGUCCAAGGAGAAGUUAUGAGGACCAGACACAUGCACAGAGACACAGACACAUACACACGUACAUACACGCGCACACACACGCACACCGCUCAACUCUUUAUAAUUUAGCUUUUUUUUUAAGACAACUGCUGCAUAUGGAAACCUCUCCUCUCUCUCUAAAAGACACAUAUAGACACACACAUAAACACACGCACACACGCACACACACGGCCUUGCCAGAGGUCGCCCAGACUACGGUACGCUUCCUUAAUGUUUAAGGGAGAGGACUUUCCGUUUUCUUUCCUUUAUCGUUCUUGAUUUUAAUUAAUUCUGGGGCUUUUAGCGUAACUUAAACAAAGAGGGGCAGAGUUUCUCUCUCAGGAGUCAUAAAGUAAAAGAAGAAGGAGGCGGAGCAAGUUGGUCCCCUCCCGCACGUGGUCAAGAGGUCCUUCGUCAUCUUCCUUCUGCGCUUUUUAGUUUUAAAUUUUCUCUUUUUAACCUCCUUGUCCUCCACACACACACACUCAGACUGCCCCCUGCUGGUCAUCUCCCACCAAGUGGAGCUUUAGGUGACCGACCGGCCUCUAAUACCUAACACUGUUGGCCCACUCCCCUCCUCCUGACCGUCACUAAGGAGACGUUCGAACCCUGGACACUGCCCCCCCCCCCUCCUCCGGGUCAGACACAUUUCACGCAAGAACAACGCUACAAGGUCAGAGGUCGCGGGAUCAGAGACACGAGACUCAAGUUCUGACCAGAUGAGCGGGUGUAUCACUGUGCAGACGACCAACCCCCCCUCCCCCCAGGAGCAAGUGCACGCUGGCGGAGCGGCCAUUUUGUGUGCUGUCUGUUUUCUUUCACCAUCAAAGCGCUUUGGCGUCCCAAGUCAUUGAGGCGCGCGGAUAAGAAACCGCCAUUUCCAGGCGUCCAUCGCUGUGUGGGCUGCCGAACGCUGAUGCAAACAGAGAUUUAAGAUCCUUGUACAUGAGAUUCAACCCUUGGUAAACUGCCUAUUUUGUUAUAAUAAAAGUCUAUAUUGAACUUGACUUGAGCACUACUACGGGAUUUAUUUUCUUUGCAUUGUUAAUCGUAAGAUGAAAUAGAAAGGUAUAAAGAUAUUUGAAUAUGAAUAUAUAUAUAUUUUUCUUUUCUGUUAUCACCACCGCGUCUGUCUUUUAAUUUUCUUUUUUAAUCGGAAUAAAAAAAGUUGACAAGUUGUGGGGGUGUACUUGUGUGUUAUUUGCAAUCAAACUGAGCAAUCUAAACAGCUUUUAACCUGUUUCAAAUAUGAAUGAAUACGUUUGUCCACAUGCUUUGACUAGAGCUUCUGGUCACUCAACUUAUAAAUAUUGAUACCGCUACAUUAAAGGCUGAUCACCAGGUGUCCCCUAACGUUCUCACGGAUCACCUGUACAGGUACUAUUUGCCAAGGACCCCUUGAAUAUAUUUCACAUGUUUACAUAAAAGA